AUGCAAUUCUCGAUAGAGAGAGACGUACAACCAUACCGACUAGGAUGGUUAUCAGAAGAACCUGUUCUCCAAAACUUGAUCCACUUCCUGGAGUUUCGCUUUGAGUUCUCGACAGUCGAGUACGAAUCAGAAGACGAAGAGUUAGACGAACACUUGCGAUUUCUUGCACUGACUUUAACACUCAUCCGCAGUACAUUACCCAGAUGUUCCAACCUUGAAAUUCUGAAACUUGAUUUGGAUUCGGGCAGAUAUGCCAGCGGAAUCAGCAAUCUCCAGUUCGAGCGUUGGGUUCAGGAUACGCAGGAUCUUUUCCGAUCAUUUUGCAUGGCUGCCUACGGAUCCGGGCUUGGAAAGCUGGAAGAACUCUUUCUCCAUUUACCCAUUUCACGACCCUCUCAAAGCCUUCUCGAGGGUGCAAGUGAAGCGGAAAGUGCCGCGACUAGUGCUCUUUUCAAGCAACUUAAGCGCCUUACCUUGUUUCUUGCUAUCACAGAUGACGAUGAAGCGCUUGAUGAAUUUGCCGAGCCACCCGAUGAAUUUGCGCACAAUCUUGUCAGCUGCACUUAUCUUCAAGAAUUACUACAUCUGGCGCCAAAUCUCGACCAGCUUGUAAUUCGAGGCAUGGAUGAUCCACCAUUGACUGUCACUCCAUCAACUCUUCCGCAUUGUCAUCUUCGGCUACUAAAACUAUGUAAUAUAUUCAUAGCAGGAGAAACAAUCAUGGCGGUUAUCAAAAGAUGCAAGUCGCUUGAAGAUGUCAAUCUAAGAAAUGUCUAUUUACUGUCUGGUACGUGGGAAAGGGUCCUAACAGACUUGAGUAAGACCUCGAUUAUAGCAUUCCACAUUCAGUUUUGCGGCUAUGCUGUAACAUCAGAUGAUUCUGAAUUGGAGGACCUAUUAUUUGAAAACUUCCAUAUUACUACGGAUUGGAUCGAGGACCUUAAAGCCUGCGAGUCGGUGUUUUUGCAAGUGCCUGGAAACUUGCGCGAGAGAUACGGUAUCAACUUUGACGAGGUCGCUUACAAGGCGGAAAAGCCGACACAGACGGCAGCAAAACUUCGACACUACUUUGAAGGGAUAUUGAUGAAAAUGGAGGCCUCUAAGGGUGGUUGA